GUGGGUAUGAGCCACUCUUGGAGGAAACCCAACCAACCAGCCAACCAACGCUUAACACCGGUACGCACAACCAGCGCGAUGGCCGCCGAAAGCAGCAGCGCAAGUCACACAGCCACCAACUGCGGCGACGCGGCCUGUCUCCUCCCCUCGACGUCGACUACCUCGGGCACGGGCGGCCUUCGACCACGCGCUGUUCGCUACAGAGCUCGAGCCGGAGGGCCGACCGCUGCUGAAAUGCCUCCCCCGCCGCCGCUGCGUCGGAUCCCGGCGCCUCUGCUGGAAGAGGCUCAUCCCCCGGGUACGGUGAAGAUUAAAGAACGCCUCCAGGAGCUCGUGGAGAGCAUCUUGCUGUUCGCGAUGAGCAGCGCCAUCGUGCUCAUUGCGGCCGCUGUUGUCUCGCACUUAACGGGAUGCCACCAGGCCGUGGGCCUCUCGAUGCUCGCCGCCAGCAUUGUGAUAGACGUCGCCAGCUUCGUCGUGUACAUCUUCAACCGGCACGAGAGGACACGCGAGCAGCUCGCCGUGGUCCUCUUGCCGAUUCAGAGCAGCCUGCGGCGCAGUCGCUGCGUCCCGAACGAUGAUGACCGCGACCACGCAGGGUCGCGACGGGACGUCGGUGACGUGUGGCACGGCAGCAUUGUGUAACUAUACCGCGAUCCGUUUUUGUUCAGCCACGGGGGGCCGAAACAAAAAAACCACGCACGAACUGGCUUAUAUCAAAGUUCUCGCGCCUCCGAGUUAGAGACCAGGUGAAAUGUGCACCUGGCCAACGAAUAAAGUGCGCCGGAGGCGUUUCCCGAACGGAGCGUCGAGAAGCGUUUACAGUGAUAUGCACCGUGACAUUGCAUAAAAAUUGCAAAUGGCCUGCAUUAAAAUAAAAGAAACAAACUCAAAGGUGUUAUUAAAGA